GUUAUUAUCAUGAAAAGAUUAUUUAUUAUAUUUGUUUUAAUUUAUCUUAAUGUUCAUGACCGACAAUGUAUGAUACCUAGUAAUAUUCUUGAAGUCGAUACUUUUGAUGUACCGUCACCUUACGAGUUUUUAUGGAUAACAACUAUGUCAUAUUGUAAUGUUUAUUAUUUGACUUAUAAUAUGUUUAUUCGAGUUGGAGUGCCAGUAAAAAAACCAAAUUAUUCUAAUGAUGAUAUAGCGGCUUUUCUUAUACCUGAUAAUAUUGAUGAUUGGUCAGACGAAACAGUCUUAGACUUGCCAUACAAAUUUUUAAAAUUGAGGGAAGCUUCUCAAAUUAUCGAAAGUUUUGUUUUUGAAAUUAAGGAAUAUCAAAAUGUUACAGGAGCUGAAGAUAAAAUAACAGGAUUAAAAAUAUGGGAGUCAGUUGAAGAUAAUUUUGUCAAUUUCAUGAACAAUAUUUACAUUUUAUCAAAUCAAGUGAAUCAAGUGAUAUAUGAAUUGAAUAUUGAGCAACAAACCGUAUAUACCACGGACUCUUCAACUAUGAUGUACUUAUACUUAGAUAUUUUUGAUCAAAUGGUUGAUAUAAUGUCAGAAAGCAUUGUACCAUAUCAAAAUGCAUUUAACUUCCUUGAAAAAUAUAAUUCAAAAAAUAAUGAAGAAAAAAAUAUUAAGCAAGAAUUGAAAAACGAAAAUAAUCUAAAUUCACAAGAAUAUACUCGAGUAAAGUUGGUUGAAGUAUAUGAUUUGUAUAUAAAAGCAUUAAGAAUAUUUUACAAUUCGAUUGAAAUACAAUUUUCUGGAUUACAUUUUAUAACAUGGUAUGACUUAAAUUCAUCAAAGAGUAUUUUUGAUUAUAAAGCAUCACAACUUUUAACAUAUAUUAUAAAAUUAAAAGAAUAUGUUCAAGAAGCGUAUAAAUAUAAUAAGGCAACUAUACCAAAAUUAACAUCAAAAAUUCAUGAACAACAAUGA